AUGGCCUCUAGGAACCAAUCGUUCAGUGGAAGGCUGAUUGGCAGCCCUAGACACUCUCUACCUGUCAAUUUUGGCAGUCGAGGGAUAAAUAUUUUAAGAUAUACUAAUUCCGUGGCGUAA